GCGAGCGCGCGUCCCGCAGGGGAGGGGGCGGAGAGCGCGAGGAGGAGGGAGGAGGUGUCUCCGUGCGGGAGCCCGGCUGACCGCGCCAGACCCAGACAGAGCCUCGCGGCUGUGGCUGCAACAGGCGGCGGGCUCGGUUCGGGGGCGGAGGCGGCGAAGGGGCGGGGAGCACCAGGAGGAGCGACCCGGCCGGACCACAGCCGCCUCUUCCCCGCCGCAUGGACGAGCACCUCAGCCUUCUGCGCUCGCCGCCGCCGCCCUCAGCCCGCCACCGCGCCCACCCUCCCCAGCGACCCGCGAGCAGCGGCGGCGCCCACACGCUGGUAAACCCCGGCUACGCGGAGCCCGCCGCAGGCCCCGAGCUGCCGCCCGACAUGACCGUGGUGCCCGGGGACCACCUGCUGGAGCCGGAGGUGGCGGAUGGUGGAGGGGCCCCGCCUCAGGGCAGCUGUGGCGGCGGCGGCUGCGACCGCUACGAGCCGCUACCGCCCUCACUGCCGGCCGCGGGCGAGCAGGACUGCUGCGGGGAGCGCGUGGUCAUCAACAUCUCCGGGCUGCGCUUCGAGACGCAGCUAAAGACCCUUUGCCAGUUCCCCGAGACGCUGCUGGGCGACCCCAAGCGGCGCAUGAGGUACUUCGACCCGCUCCGCAACGAGUACUUCUUCGACCGCAACCGGCCCAGCUUCGACGCCAUCCUCUACUACUAUCAGUCCGGGGGUCGCAUCCGCCGGCCGGUCAACGUGCCCAUCGACAUCUUCUCCGAGGAGAUCCGCUUCUACCAGCUGGGCGAGGAGGCCAUGGAGAAGUUCCGCGAGGACGAGGGCUUCCUGCGGGAGGAGGAGCGGCCCUUGCCCCGCCGCGACUUCCAGCGCCAGGUGUGGCUGCUCUUCGAGUACCCCGAGAGCUCCGGGCCGGCCCGGGGCAUCGCCAUCGUGUCCGUGCUGGUCAUCCUCAUCUCCAUUGUCAUCUUCUGCCUGGAGACGCUACCGGAAUUCCGCGACGAGAAGGACUACCCCGCCUCGCCGUCGCAGGACUCAUUCGAUGCAGCCGGCAACAGCACGUCGGGGGCCCCCGCGGGAGCGUCCAGCUUCUCCGAUCCCUUCUUCGUGGUGGAGACGCUGUGCAUCAUCUGGUUCUCCUUCGAGCUGCUGGUGCGGUUCUUCGCUUGUCCUAGCAAAGCCACCUUCUCGCGAAACAUCAUGAACCUGAUCGACAUUGUGGCCAUCAUCCCUUAUUUUAUCACUCUGGGUACAGAGCUGGCCGAACGACAGGGCAACGGACAGCAGGCCAUGUCUCUGGCCAUCCUGAGGGUCAUCCGCCUGGUGAGGGUCUUCCGCAUCUUCAAGCUCUCGCGCCACUCCAAGGGGCUGCAGAUCCUCGGGCAAACGCUGAAGGCGUCUAUGCGGGAGUUGGGGUUGCUCAUCUUCUUCCUCUUUAUUGGGGUCAUCCUUUUCUCCAGCGCGGUCUACUUUGCCGAGGCAGACGACCCCACUUCAGGUUUCAGCAGCAUCCCUGAUGCCUUCUGGUGGGCAGUGGUAACCAUGACAACAGUGGGUUACGGCGAUAUGCACCCAGUGACCAUAGGGGGCAAGAUUGUGGGAUCUCUCUGUGCCAUCGCCGGUGUCUUGACCAUCGCAUUGCCUGUUCCCGUGAUUGUUUCCAACUUCAAUUACUUCUACCACCGGGAGACAGAAGGGGAAGAGCAAGCUCAGUACAUGCACGUGGGAAGUUGCCAGCACCUCUCCUCUUCAGCCGAGGAGCUACGAAAAGCAAGGAGUAACUCGACUCUGAGUAAGUCGGAGUAUAUGGUGAUCGAAGAGGGGGGUAUGAACCAUAGCGCUUUCCCCCAGACCCCUUUCAAAACGGGCAAUUCCACUGCCACCUGCACCACGAACAAUAAUCCCAACUCUUGUGUCAACAUCAAAAAGAUAUUCACCGAUGUUUAAUAUAUGAUACAAGUGACAUGCUGUGCUCAGUAUUGUGUGGAACAUGCCCCCUUGGUCUGCCUAUGCCCUUGUUUUAUACAUUUCCAGACCAUUCAUCAAGGAAAGGACCUGAAGAAGUGGAAAGCACACUUCAUUCUCCCUCUCCCUACUGCUUCAUACUGAAACAGAUGCCUGUUUUGCAAGUGGGCUGCAUUCUCUCAGCUCUCCUUUUUCCCCUUACACUCUCUCUCUCUUAACAUUGUAAACAGCAAACUUACAUUAAACUGCAUUUCUGGUACACGCCCUAUUUUAAAAAGAGCAGUACAUCCUGGGAGGAAAUGAAACUAAAGAACAGUUAGAGUAACUGUUUAACCUCAGAAUUUUAAAGGCAGUUGUUUCUUUCCUAAGUACAUCAAUUCACAGUAACUGAUGCUUCAGUUUGAUGGACCUUUCAACGUUAUUUCCUGAAUAUGAAUUUCGGUUGCCUACCCUGUAGAUAUGUGGAUGAAGAGUCUAACUAGAUAAUGACUUGUAAACCCACCAUGAGUUAUUUGGUUUUUGACUGAAAUUCCUAUUUGAAUCCUCCUUCCCGGAAUUUUAAGGGUCUCUACAACUUUGAAUAAAGGGAAGUGCCCAAGA